CUGCACACAGGCACACACACACACCUGCGCCCCAACCGCAGCCCAGGCUCACUGAGCCAGCUCCGCUGACCAUGACGCUGUCUCUGCCGCUGUUACUGCUGCUGGGAGCCUGGGCCAUCCCAGGGGGCUUUGGGGACAGGGCCCCAUUCACAGCCACGGCCCCACAGCUAGACGAUGAAGAGAAGUACUCAGCUCACAUGCCUGCUCACCUGCGCUGUGAUGCCUGCAGGGCAGUGGUCUACCAGAUGUGGCAUUAUUUGGCAAAGGCAGAGGCCAAGCUUCACACCCCAGACUCAGGGGGGCAACGGCAGGAGCUGAGCGAGUCUGUAUACACAGACGUCCUGGACCAGAGCUGCACCCAGACCUGGCAGGGCUAUGGGAUCCGAGAAGUGAACCAGGUGAAACGUCUCACAGGCCCAGGACUCAGCAAGGGCCCAGAGCCAACCAUCAGUGUGAUGAUCACAGGGGGCCCCUGGCCCACCAGGCUCUCCACGACAUGUUUGCACUACCUGGGGGAGUUUGGAGAAGACCAGAUCUAUGAAGUCUACCAACAAAGCCGAGGGGCUCUGGAGACAUUGCUGUGUGGAGGACCCGGAGGGGCCUGCUCAGAAGAGGCGACUGUCACAAGGACAGAGCUCUAGUCUGACUCCUUCCCCUUCCUGGUCAGCCCCUGAAGACAGCUGGGGCAUCCUCUAGAACUCCCCCACUCUUUUCAGCAGGCUGCCUUGGAGGGCAGAAAGGCCAUGCUUUUCUGUGCUGCCAUGGCCCCUCCCUCCUCCAGCUUCAGGACACGGGGGCCAUGUGUGUGUGUCGGGGCUGGGGUGGGGGAAGGCCUUCCCCUCUGGACUCGAAUAAAACCCAGUGACCUUGA